UAAGUGCAGCUCCGCCAUUUCCAGUGACUAUAGCCAUCAAUGUGAGUGAAGAAGCCCAUCUCUUUUGAGCUCCCAUUCUAGUGACUAUAAUCGCAGCUCCGUCAUUUCCAGUGACUAUAGCCAUCAAUGGCUAGUCAGUGUGAUUCCUUUACAAUAAAAUGGUGGUUUGGUGGGGUGUUUAAAAAGACAAGGUUUGAAUUAGAGUAUGUGGGUGGUAUGUGUAAAUCCAUGAGCAUAGAACCUGACAAGUUAUCUUGGUUUGAACUUAAGGGAAUAGUUGAGGAAGAUAUUGGUUUCAAGUCUCCAUUUAGCUUAUACUACUUAGAUCCUAAGGCAAUGACUUUUGAGGAAGGGUUGAAGAAACUAAUCAAUGAUGUUUCUGUAAGUGAAAUGGGUAAUGUUGGUACUGACUUUAGGGCUGUAGAUGUAUAUGUUGUUGAUGUUAAAGAUGAUGACAAAUUGUCUGUGAAAAUAAAAAAAGAAUUCAGUAAUGUAGGUAAAGCAUAUGGCUUUGUAGGUGAAAGGAAGAAAUUAACACCUAGGAAAGCACAUAAAGAUACAUGUGAGGCAAGUGGUCCCCAAGACCUCAUUAUAAAACCCAACCCACCUAAUAUUUCAGAUAUUUGUAAUGAAUCUGAAAAUCAAAGUUGCUUUCUUCAUAUCCCAAACAGCCCCAUAAACUCACAACAUGAAAAGAAUUAUAAGCUAAUCCCCAUCGAACAAGGUUUAUCUGAAGAUGAGCUAGAUUUUACUUGUGAUUGGUAUGAGACUUGGCCUGGUAAAAUUGCAUCUGGUGAGAUAAAUGAGGGUUAUGAAGAAGCUUUUGAAGAUGAAGAUGAUAGCACAGAUCUAGACUAUAUCAUAUCAGAUGAGGAUGAAACUGAAGGAGAUGGGUCAAUUGAGCUUGUUUUGAGUGAGGACUUGUCAGUGGAGGGGGAUGAAGGUGUUGUUCAAUCAAAUUUGAAGAUUGGUGAGUGCUCUUUCAAUGAUAUUGUGUCUUAAUAUGAAAAUAGUGAUGAUGAAAUUGUCACACCUACUAUAGUAAAUGAUAAAACAGAUUUUAGGAGGUUUAAAUGGUGUGUUGGAAUUGUUUUUGGUAAUUCUCUUGAAUUUAGACAAGCUGUUACUAGAUAUGCUAUUGCUCAAGGGAGAAAUGUUAAAAUUUGUGCAAGUGACAAAAAAAGAUUGCAAAGAAUUGGAGUAAGAUGUGUUGAAGGGUGUCCAUUUAGGAUUUUUGCUAGUUGGGAUAGGAAGACGGCUUCAUGUGUUGUGAAAACAGUGGAUGGUCAACAUACUUGUCAAAGGAAUAUGGAUUCAAAUAGGCAAUUCAAGGCUUCUUGGUGUGCGGAAGAGUUACUUGAUCUGUUCAAAAGUAGACCACACAUAGCAUCAUCUGAAAUUAUAGACAUUGUGAGGAAGAAUUUCAGGAUAAUUAUUACUAGGGUUUUGCAUAUAAGAUUAAAUAUGCUACUCACAGAAAGUUACAUGGUUCAAUGAAGCAACACUACUCCAAGCUAAUGAGUUACAUGGAAGCAUUGAA